AUGAGCUGUCUGGAUGACGUACCUUUUAAAAUGUCCAAGAGCUUUGAAGAUGACUCUGCGGAAGGCACCAACUUAAUCAGUUUAGCCGACUUUGAUAUUCCUGACUGCACUGAGAUCCUAGUGUGCACAAUGCAUGAUUUCUCAUUAGAAAGAAAGGUGCUUUACUGGAUUGAGGCUGCUUCUGGGCAAGCAACUCACUGGUAUGAAGUUACUACUGAUGUUGUGCCAACAGCUCCACCUUGCUGGCUGCUUUUGGUUGAUCCUAAAGAAAACUAUGUCAUCAAUACACAGAACGAGGAGACAACUGGUGGGAAAGCAAAGGAUGGUGUGACGCCCACAACCUCUGUUCGGAGAUGUGUAAGCCUAAGUGCUGCUGAUGUGAAAUAUGGCCCUCCCCCGCCCAGAGGUGCACCGUCUGAGACGGAAAGUGAGGACUGGUACUCUGAAGAGAAUGAGUAUUCUGAGGAUGAUGAGUAUUCCUCAACUACCGGUGAAGAAAGCAACAAAGAAGAAGAAAACAUUUUGGACAACAAAUUUGUUGAAAGCGCCAUGCCUCAGCAUUCCAGAGUUCACCAGUUUAGGCCAAGGACUUCUCCGGUAUUGCUAGAUCCACCUUCCGAAAACUGCUGCCACAAGCCAGUUACCGCACAUCUGAUCAAGCAGAGAAGAUCCAUGAUUUUAUUUAAUAAUAUGAAGAAUGAGUUGGAAGAAGCCAAAAAGAAGUUAGCUGCUUUAGUGCAUCCUUUAAAUAGAGCAUCUGUUGAAAGGAAUCUGGCUCCAAGACCGUUUUCUCUUUACCAGCGCUCUCGAAGUAGCAGAAAUCUUAGCUAUGGACCUGCCUCGGAUGUAUCCUUGAUGGGAACUUUAACCCCAACACCUCCACCUACCCCUUGCUGCAGUCCCAGGACACCUUCUGCUGCUAGAUCAAUACCUCCAAUAAGAAACCAUAAACCCACAGUUGCGUCCCUCAGCCCCUAUUCCUGCCUUCCACCCCCUUCUGCGGCUCUGCGACAUCCAAGUUCCCACAGAACUCAUCCAGAUUCAACAGCUGACCUCCUCUCGGCAUUAAGCCAAGAGGAACGUGACCUUAUUGAGCCAGUUAUAGCCUUGGGUUAUCCGAUACGCAGAGCAAUCAUCGCCCUCCAGAAGACGGGAAGACAAAGUUUAGGUCAGUUUCUCAGUUACCUUAGUGCCUGUGACAGGUUGCUGAAACAGGGCUACGAAGAGGGGCAGGUGGAAGAGGCAAUGGAAAUGUUCCAGUACUCGGAGAAGAAGGCAGCUGAAUUCCUGCAUCUUUUAGUGCAAUUUAAGGAUAUGGGUUUCCAGCAAGCUGAAAUCAAAGAAGUUCUUCUGCUUUAUGAGAAUCAUAGAGAUAAGGCACUAGAAGAGCUGAUGACACGAACACAGUGA